GGAAACGUUCUUGUCAAAAUGGCUGCCUCAGAUCAAAAUCAAAACAUUUUCCCUCAAAUUUCGGGUGAUGUCUCAGAAGCUGAGMAAAAGAUGGAUCUUAAGGACAAGCUGUCUUUGAUUGAUAAAGAAAUCAGGCAGCUAUAUCAGUUUUGUGUGCAAGAAGGCUUUUCUCCUGCUCAAAUUGAAAAGUGUGCUCAACCAUUACUUGAUGUUGGUAGAGCUCAAAAGAGAAAGAAGUGGUUGAAAAGACUUGGAUGCUUGGUUUUGUUCGUGGCUUUCAUUGCUGGUAUACUCAUGUACCGUCCUGCUUACAAUAAAGUAUGCAUUUAUGCAAAGUUGGCUUCAAUGAAGAUUUUGCCAUAUUGGGAUUGGAGAUACAUCUAUGAAAAAGAUUGCCUUAUCGACAACCCAUACAGUGUUCAAGAAGCCAUAACAGAGGAAGAGUGCGUGUCAAAAUGUGGAGACCUGAGGAAGAUUGACAGAAUAGAUAAUGCAGAUCACUCGGAUAUGACUGAUUAUUUGACGAACCAGAGACCUGUGGUCAUCACRGAUGCCACAGAGAACUGGAGAGCAAGAAAGGAGUUUAGUAUUGAGUUUAUAGCUAAGAUGUUCCAUGAAACUUCAACUCUAAAAAAUGCUGCUGUCUGUCAGUUCCAGUCCACUUUAGAAGGGUAUUCUAAGCCUGGACCAUUCUUAUCAGACCUCAUGCAAGGCAAAAUACAGGGAAGCUAUCAAACCUACUGGGAAAACUGUGGUAAAGAAGGAGCAAAGGUGUUCAGGCAGUUCUACCGACGGCCAUACUUCUUGCCUCCAAUGGUUGAAUCCGAUGAAGGAAACUUUUUAAUUGUUUCUUCUGGUGGGUCAAAGACGCUGAAGGUUUUUUGGCAAACAACUGUAUCAUGGCUUUCUCAGAUCACUGGGCAAGGCAGAAUCAUAUUAAGACCUGAUCCAACAUGUGAAACUGCUUGCAAAGAUCUUAUGGUUAUGAUGAAACCUGGGGAUUCUUUGGUAUUUUCCAAUGAGUUGUGGACAACCUCUUUCAAGCCUGUUGGCAAUGAUCCAGUGAUUGUCAUUGGAUCAACAGGAACCACCUUUUAAUGCAUACAGAUUUGAAAGCAUUUGUAACAAUAAAGUUAAUAGCAAUCAUUUAAA